AUGUCGUCGCCGGCAGCGACCGCGCCGUCUUCCUCGGGCGCGACGCAGACGCAGCCGCAGCCUCCGCCUCCAGAGCAGCAGGGCGCCUCGAGGGAGCGGAGGAUGGAGUCGCUGGGGUGGCUGACGGAGUCGGCGGUGAUGCCGAAGAAGCACAAGGCCAUCGAGGGCGUGGGCGCCGCCUCCAUCCUCGACCUCAAGGCCCAGCUCUACCGCACCCAGGAGGAGGCCCGCAACCCCACCGCCCCUGGUGCCGUCACAGCCGCCGCUUCCGGCGGGGAGUUCCGCCGCGCCAAAAUACGCUCCGCUCCCUCGGAUCCCCUGGGGGCCAAAAACUCAGGCGUUGACGCCCGGGCCCACAAAGAUAAGUUGGAGCUUAAAGCUGUGAAAGAUGGUUCUGCAAGCUAUGCGGCUCUAGAAAAGAAAGCAGAGUUGUAUGAAAAAUUAUCCAGAGGCGAGCUACCUGAUGAAGAAGACAAGGAGAAAUACUGUGUGGAUUUCUUCCAAAAAAGUUUUGAUCGUGUCUAUGAGCCUCAGAUGCCAGAGAGCAACCACAGAGCCUCUGAUGGCAUUGAGCCAGUAAAUGAUCAUGAAGAUUCUAUGCCAGGGAGGUUCAUGAGGAAGUAA